AUGUAUUUGGUAGUUAAAUGUGCGCUCAUCCUGUGCGCUGCUUUGGCAGCGCAUGGAUACCCUAUGCAGACAACGGAUGUUAUCUUCCAUUUAUUUACCCCGACUAACCCCACGGUGAGCCAGCCCCUUCUGCCUUCCAUAGUUUCUAUUUCUAUGUCCUCGUUCUCUAACAGUCGCAAAACAAUUAUUGCCAUACAUAGUGACGGAGAUGAUGUCUCUGGCAACUUUGUCGCUCAUGUUGUGCCAGCUCACCUCCGCGCCGAAGACGUCAACAUAUUAGUAGUAGAUUGGAGCCGUGGUUCCUUCGGCUACUCCGUGGGUGUGGCUAACGUUCCCCAGCUCGGUGACCUUGUUGCUGAUUUCGUGAACAUUCUGAUAAACAGUUUUGGGUACAAUGUUAACCUUAUCCGGAUUGUCGGGUUUGGCCUGGGCGCUCAUGCGGCUGGAGCAGCUUCCAGGAAGAUUAAUGGCGUUGUUCCUCACAUUGUCGCUCUCGACCCCCCACUUCUCGGUUGGACGCACAACCCUCACAAGCUGAAGGCUGAUGAUGCAGCUUUUGUUGAGGUCCUGCAUACAUCAGCGGGGGCAUAUGGCUAUGGCGGUCCCAUGGGAAAGAUCGACUUCUACGCUAACGGCGGUACUGAACAACCAAUGUGUGGCGAGGACUACACAUGCUCUCACUUGUACGCCUACGUGUACUAUGGAGAAUCGAUCACUGCUGAUGCUACAAAUGCAGCUAAAUUCGUCGGAAGGGCCUGUGCGUCUCGAGAUGAUGCUGAACAGCUGAAUUGCGAUGGUAACCGUGACGCUACUUUCGGAGGCACGGCUGUUAAAUCCACGGAGUCCGGCAUUUACGUCUUCCUCACAAACUUGCGCCCACCCUUCGCAUUGGGAUGAAUUCAGCGCUCUCCAAAAAAAUAAAAAAA